UAUCCUUGGACCCUGGUGAGUGCGGACCAAACAGUUCCUGCUCUAAUCCUGUAAAACCCUAACUCUAAGUUCCCAAGUGAAAAUUGAAGAUGAUCUCAACUUCCACACAUGACUUGAAAACCUAACAUCAUAAAACAAUGGCAGUAAUAUCGAACGUUGCUACUCUUCUCCAGUUUCAAUCUAUUUCAUUUGAGCCUGCAAAAUCCAAAACGAACUAUAGGAUUUCUGCAAUUGGAGAUAAAUUUCGAUUUGGUUCGAACUAUAUAAGCUGGAAUCCUCGAAAAGUAGAGCAGAAAUUCCCUGUGAAAGUUAUUUGUAGUUUGGAAGAUUCUGAUGAGAAACGAAUUAGAAAUGACAAGGAAGUUAGGGAUUCUGGUAAUCAGAUUAGCAAAUUCAGAGAAAUGAUUAGCAGCAACGUCACUCCUGUGGUAUUUGAGAUAAAACGACAGAUUCGCACAAAUCAUGUUGCAAUAUGGUGUGUGGUGAUUUCGUUUUCGCUGAUUGCUGUAAGAGAUUAUAUCAAUAGGAAAUCCAGGAACAGUCACCAUGGUUCUGUUGCUGAUCUUGUUAAAAGAGGGCAAUUGAGAUCUGAUAGAAGAGGCAUCUCAGGACCACUCAAAUAUGAUGAUCCAUUUGAUAAUCCAUUAGUGAAAGUAAAUGAGACCAACUCAACCGUUGAAAUGUGUGGAAAGGUUUAUCGUCUCGCCCCUAUAACUCUAACCCAAGAUGAGCAAUCAAGCCAUCAAAGGAGGAGAUCCAGGGCGUACCAGUGGAAGAGGCCAACCAUGUUUAUUAAGGAAGGGGAUUCAAUACCUCCAGAUGUCGACCCUGAUACAGUCAGAUGGAUUCCAGCUAACCAUCCUUUUGCUACUACUGUCAAUGAGAUUGAUGAGGACUUGGCACAAAAUAAUAUGUAUCAAAAGACUGGAGUUCCAUAUCGCAUUAAAGCUGAGCAUGAAGCAUUACAGAAGAAACUGGAGUCCCUACAGAAUGAGCAAAAACUCAAUAAAAUGGUGAUUGACCCUAGCGAUGCACGAGAUUUUGAAAGACCUUUCAGGUCGGCAUCUGUAGAUCGGAAAUCCAAUGGCGGCCAAGCAGAAAAUAGUUCUUCUGUAUCUCCAAGCUCGCAUGGAAACGAUACAUCAUCUGAGGAAAUGAAGAAACUCUAAUGCCAAGUUUGUGUAAACCACACGUGUCAGUGGUUAUUUUCUUUGUAAUAUGUAUACUUGGAUCACUUAGUUUCCUUUAUUAUUCUCUUGAUACUUCUAUUCCGAAGAUAAUUGUUGAUCGGCGCAAACAUUGGUUAAUGUAGAAGAGAAGAAGUUAUUUUGUUAAUAGAAACCGCAGUGUUGUAUCAGUUGAA